AUGACGCAGCGGAUCCCCGGCUUCUGGGCCGGCGCAGCGUCAGAGCUGGCGCAAGAAGGGCGGAAGGCUGCCGGGAGCGGGAAGGUGGAGGAAGCGGUGCAGGCCGGCUGGGCCACCUUGGUUCAGACGGUGAAAGUCCGGGAGACCAAAAGCAGGGACUCGAAGGUGAAGCAGCAUGAGAGCUCGGCUACCAUGUGGGCCGUUGCCAACGUGAUGGCCCGGUAUGGGGCCACGCCAACGCUGGCGAGUGCCACGCCGGGUAGCAGCACAGACGUGCAGGAAUUGGAGUUGGAGACAGAUGCCGCGGUUGCCGUGACGGUCCAGGCAGUCGAGACGCCAGCUUCUGAGAAGCCUUUCCAUUUGACUGCUGCCAUCUACACGGAGGGCGACCUCCAACACAGACAUGGUUGCCGUGACGCCAUUCCGGCAGUUGCCAUCCGUUGGCACCUGGCUCUCUGCGUUCACACCGCGGAACAUAAACGGCAGGGCGACCAGAUUGUUUUGCAGCCUGAGAACGAGAUGCUUCGCCCCGUGGUGCAGCGGACAGAUGCGAUUCAGGAGAGUUCUGAGUGUGGGAGCUUCUGGGUGACGCUGCAGCGGGCGCUCCGUGAGAUGUGCUGUGUCGGCCUCUGGCCGGCUUCAAAUUCGGCAAUGAGCACCCUCUUGCCGGAUUCUUUUCAUGUGGGAUCUGUCGGUGCGCAGGCAGAUUCAACGAGGCCCACACUACCAGCUCAUUCCUUUGGAACUUGCGAUCGUGAAAGCGCUCGAAUGAAAGUCUUCAUGUCCAGAAAACUGGAGAAGUCCAAGGCCAAGCUCAAUUCCCCGGGUCCAGUCUACGACAUCCCCUCGGCAGUGGGAGCAGCCCCGAGCUUCUCCUUCGGAACCGACGUGCAGCGGAAGCACGAUCCCAAGAAGUAUCCAGACUCGACCGUGGACCUGACAUGUGCCACGGUCGACACGCAGAAAGUGAAGUACGCGAAGACUCCGGGCUGCCACUUCGGCACUGAGCAGAAGCUCAGCCUCAAGAAUGCGGAGAUCAUCCGCACUCAUGCAGGGUUGGCUCUGGGCGCAGAGUCCCCAAGUGCCCUGGAGUAUCACGUCAAGGAGGUGGCAAAGCGCGUGCCUGCCUACUCCUUUGGGCCCACAGAGUCCAUGACGCCACGGAAGCCGGAACCCAGGGUGCAGCUCUUGCAGUCGAGCACACCGGCGCGGGUUGGCCCCGGCUCCCACCCAAAGCCGUCCAGCCUUGGCCAGCAGCCGAUGUCUCCGCGCCCCACCGCGCCGGCCUGGACGAUGCCCGGCCGCAGUCCCCGGGAGAAGACGCAGACGGAGGCUCUUGCGAUCGAGGACAAAGUCUUCAGCUCCAUCGGCAAGCAGGUGCUGUCCACAAUCCGAUCUCCCCCCUCCGUGGCCACGACGAAGACUGCGCUGUUCGUCUCCGAGAAGGACAAGACAGACACUGCACGUGGACCGAAGCCCCAUUUCAAUCUGGAGCUGCCGGCCAUCAAACGGGUCGGCGGGAUUGGCAUAUAG